GUGCCCGCCCGCGGCCCAGCCUCCAUGGCGGCCGCCGUGCGCUUCUCGCCGCCCGCCCGCAGCCUCUUCGACGAGCCGCUGGCCAUCGCCGUGCAGGGCCUCAGCCCGCGGCAGCAGGUCACGCUGCGGGCGUCGCUGCAGGACGAGACGGGCGAGCUCUUCGAGGCCUGCGCCCGGUACCAGGCGGAGGACGACGGGGAGCUGGACCUCGCCCGCUGCCCCGCGCUGCCGGGGGGCAGCUUCUCCGGCCUGGAGCCCAUGGGGCUGCUCUGGGCUCUGCAGCCCCAGAAACCCUUCAAGCGGCUGGUGAAGCGGGAUGUGCGGACGCCGCUGCACCUGCUUGUAGAGGUGUUUGAGGGCCACGGGCCUCCGCCCGGGCAGCUCCUGGCGCAGGCACAGCAUGAGCGGGUGUUCCUGCGGGACGGGGUGCAGAGAGUCCCUGUGCGAGAGGGGAGGAUCCGGGCGACACUUUUCCUGCCUCCUGGAAAUGGCCCUUUUCCAGGAGUAAUUGAUAUAUAUGGAACAGGAGGAGGACUCCCUGAAUACAGGGCAUGCCUGCUGGCCAACUAUGGUUUUGCUGUGCUGGCUCUAGCUUACUACAGCUAUGAAGAUCUCCCCAAAGAUAUGAAGGAAUUCUACCUGGAAUAUUUUGAAGAAGCCGUAAACUACAUGCUGCAACACAGACAGGUUGAAGGUCCAGGAAUUGGGUUGCUUGGGAUCUCCAAAGGAGGCGAUCUGUGUAUCUCCAUGGCCUCCUUCCUAAAGGGCAUCGCUGCCACUGCCCUCAUCAAUGGCUCGGUGGCAAACGUGGGCGCCGUGCUGCGCUACAAGAAUGUCACCAUUCCACCCCUCAGUUUCAACAUAAGCCGCAUCAAGGUCAACGAGUCGGGGGUGGCGGAUAUCAUCGACGUCCUGAGCAACCCCUUAGAAGGGCCUGACCGCCAGAGCUUUAUCCCGCUGGAGAGGGCUGAGUGUCGCUUCCUGUUCAUUGUGGGCCAGGACGAUCGCAACUGGAAAAGCGAAUUCUUUGCAGUUGAGGGGAGCAAACGUUUGCAAGCUCAUGGGAAGGAAAAGCCUGAGAUAAUCUGUUACCCCGGGGCUGGGCACUAUAUCGAGCCCCCCUUUUUCCCCAUGUGUGCAGCCUCGAAGCACUUGCUAGUUGGCAAGAUGGUGGCGUGGGGGGGAGAGCCCAAGGCUCACUGCGAGGCACAAGUGGAUGCUUGGCGGCAGAUCAGAGCCUUUUUUCAUAAACACCUCACUGGCACGCAGUCAGGAACGUGCAGUAAGCUGUGAUCUGUGUUAGGUGAUUUUACAGAUGAAGGUGCUGGUGUUGUCACGUUUGUUUUGUUCAGUGGCUCUGAAUGAGAACAAAGAAUAAUUGCGAAUAAGCUGUUGGGUUCCUCCGGAGGCGGACGUGUGUGGGGUCAUCCCGGAGGUGCCGCCAGUCCUGGCACAGGCCCAAGGUACUGCCCGCUGCACAGCCGCUUCUCCUGGAGCCCCUCGGGCUGGCGCCAAGGGGGCAGCGAGGCCGUAGCAGCGGCGUCCUGCCAUCCCUGCUGCCCCACGCUGCCAGGGGCUUCCAGCUCAGUUUCUGCCCUUGCCCCCUUGCCCGUUCCUUGGGGACCUGCUGGAGUGGUUUUGAGUAACGUUUUUCACCCGAGUAUUUGUUUGAAAGAGAAAGCACUGGGUGUUGCUAGUGAAGGCGAAUUUGCCCUAUUGACUUAAAAAAAAAAAAAAAAAGUGUUAGGCAAACGUGUGCCUUACUAAUCCAAACUGAGCCGGUGUAGCUGAUAAACCUGGCUUGUGCUGUAUGUGAAUUACGUUAGGGUGUUUAUGCAGCCUGUGUGCACUUUUUUUUUUUUUUUUUUUUUUAACUGGAUUAAAACGAGGUAUUAAAUCUUUA